AUGGCCCGCAAACCAAAUCCCAACGAGAUGGAAUCAAAUAUAAAUUUCGUAAACACAAUUCUUGAAUCGCACAAAGCCCCAACUUUGAAAGAAUUCAUGGUCGAGUUGGCUUUAAUUAAAUCUAAGCAACACCAUGUGAUUAAAUGGCUUGAAUAUGAGUUUAUGAAAGGAGUUGAGAGGAUGGACUUAAACUUGGGUUUCGGUGUAACAUCCUAUGAUAGAAAUGUUGAUUGUAGUGAUUAUCCGGUGUUUGAUGAAAAGAUGGCUCGAAGCAUAACAAGGAGCAGUAGUUUCGAAUCAUGCCUCAAAGUGUUUUGUUUGAGAUGUGUUGAAGUGAAUGGUGAUGCUAUUGCUUUGUUGGUGCGUCAUUGCAAGUUGUUGGAGAGAUUGAUGAUUUACCGCUCAAAUAGAAGGUCCGAUGUGGAGAUUGGUGGGACGUCACUGAAGCAUUUGGAUUUGCGGUCACGCGAGAUUAACCAUAUUGAGGAAAAUUACAAUAUUAGAGUUUGUGCUCCAAAUCUUACUUGGCUGACGGUGGAUCAAAAUUCGGGAAGGGUGUUGCUUGAAAAUGUCCCAAACCUUGUCCACAUGAAUUUCUACUGUAGACCUAGACAUGGAGAUUCAAUGUUCCAUUUUGCCAACGCAGCCGCACAACUCCAAACUCUCAUCAUUCACAUAUCUGAUCCUAUGGUGAGGUUUACGGUCCCUGAGAUGCCUAAACUGAAGAAGUUGGUGAUCUACGUUCGUACAAAUGUUUAUUCAUUUGUUCCCCUACCGGUGCCUCAGUUUUUAUCUGCUUCUCCUUGUCUAGAAGAGCUCAAAAUAGAGAUUAGCGAGAUUUUAUUCGGAGCAUUUCCACAAUUUGCAUCAACCCCAGAUAUUUUUGAAAUUCCAAAAGUUGGUGAGGGAUGUGGACACAAGCAGCUCAAGGUUUUUGUGUUAUCAGGGUAUUGUGGAGUGGAAAAAAUAGAAGAGUUCGAAUUUGGGCAUUGUAAAACUAGUUUGGAAUUGGUGAGGUAUAUUGUGGAGAAUAGUGUGAGACUUGAAGAAAUUGUGCUUGGUCAAUGUGAUCGAAUUGGAUUGGUAAGAGAUAUUGUUGAUUAUGGAGAUGAACCUCUCCACAAUUACUUCAUCAAACCAGCAAUUGAUCAUUAUAGAUUUGCGGCUACACCUGACCAGCGACAGGCUUUCAAAGACAGAUGCAACAGGAACAUAUACCACCACACAUUAAAUUGA